AUAUUUUCAAAAAAAAAAAAAAGUCGUUAAAUCCGUUCAUAAAAAAUCCGUACACGUAUUUCAUCAUAUCAUUCCUUAAAUAUAUAUAUAUUUCACCUUAUAAUAAUGUUAUUCAACGGAAUCUUAUCAUCAAUAAAUAAAGCGAUGGAAUUGGCUCUUUCAAAUACAAAGCAGGACUAUACCGAUGCAGAUAGUAUCAUUGACGAAAAGAAAUCAAUGUAUACCGAUAAUAAUAAUAAUUAUGGAAUGCUUGAAAGACUCAGACGCACUGGUAGCAAUCGUAGUCUUUUCAAACUUUCAAUAAAGAAAAGUUGGAACUUUUCGAGUCAAAGCGUAAACGGUCCUGCAAUCGUCACUCCUCCAAGUCCAACAAAAGUUGCUCCACUUUGGAAAGAACAAGUUGAUUCCAAUACUAAAAAUGGUCUUAACCCAUCAGAAAUUCAUCGUCAAGAAAUUAUAUUUGAAAUUAUUCGAACUGAAAAAGCCUUUGCUGAUGAUAUACGUUACCUUAAUGAGCAUUACGUUAAAACAAUUCAAUGUUCCGGAAUUCGACUUCCUCCUAGUUUGAAUGAAACAUUCAAGAUUUUACCAAAUAUCUUGCUCUUACAUUUUAAUGUAUCUUUGCAACUUCUUUGUAUACAAGCCAUUAUGUAUCCAAUCAUACCAUCAAUAGCACAUAUUCUUCGGGACUUGGCUACACAAUUUCGAAUGUACGAAUCAUAUUUAGUACAUCAUAAAAUGGCAAUUUCCGAGAUAGCCAAUGCACGUAAAAAGAAUAAUAAACUUGGACAAUUGGUUAAAAAUUUGGAGGCUGAUAUUUUUCCGGGUCCCCCAGGUAGAAUUUUAACACUUGAAAGUUUACUCACUAAACCGUUUCAAAGAUUAUGUAAAUACCCCCUUCUUGUGAUGACAUUAUUGAGAGCUACCGCACCCGACCAUAAGGACCAUUCACAAUUAGUGGAUUUACACAAUCAAAUUGAUUGCGCCCUUAGAGAACUUCAAGAACGUAAAUCGGAAUAUGAACGUUUAUUAGAAAAUGAUGAUUUUCCACGUAAAUUUGGGUCUUUUGGACGGUUAAACAAAUUUACUUCAAAUAGUCGUCAUCGUACAUACACUUUACCUUUUUCACGAUAAUUAAAUUCUGGACAGUUUAUCUUUGGUUAUUAAUAGGGAUUAUUAAUUAACUUUUGGGUUUGUACAGUUACAAUUAUUUGUAAAUGGAAUUUUCUAUGGAUUUAAUUUUAUGGAUUUUUUUUUUAAAAAAAAAAAAACAAAAAAAUUUAAUGUAUAAAAGUGUAAAAACAUAUGACACUUU